AUGGCAUUCAAUGGGGUAUUAGUGGUGUCAGUAGCAAAGUUUUCAGCACAGAUUUGGCAAUUUUUGGCGUGUUUGCAAGAUCCAAUAAGCAGCCAACAACUGUUAGAUCUUGUUAUCUGUUUCCCUCUUCAACGGAUUGGUCUCUGUGUUUGGACUUUCCUCUGUUUCCCUCAUAACAUUUAUUCCUACCAACGUUAUUCUUACGCUACUUCUUCUACUUCAUCAUCUCAUCAUCAAGAUUCUGAUAAUUCCUCUAUUUCUUCUUCUUUAAAUCUGGGACAGAAUUGGGUUGAUUUCGACUUGAUAAUCUGA